GUUUUCCGGGCUGUGAGUCUCCCAGCGUCCCCAGCUUUCCAGGUAGGGACGCCCCCUCCCACGCACACGGUUCCGGCGGGUGGAAAGGAGGGGCUGGGCUCCCAGCGCCCGCCCCUCUAUCCAUCACAUGGCCGGAGAGUCACAAAAACAACAGCUUUGGCCAAGACCGUGACUUCAGUAAAGGGAACCCGGGGCUCUCGCAGCCAGCCCUCCUGCCCAUGGAGGACAGUUUCCUUCAAUCUUUUGGGAGGCUGAGCCUCCAGCCCCAGCAGCAGCAGCAGCAGCGGCAGCGGCCGCCCCGGCCGCCCCCGCGGGGGACACCUCCUCGCCGCCACAGCUUUAGGAAACACCUCUACCUCCUGCGAGGCCUCCCGGGCUCCGGGAAAACUACACUGGCCAGACAAUUGCAGCAUGACUUUCCCAGGGCCCUGAUUUUCAGCACGGAUGAUUUUUUCUUCAGGGAAGAUGGUGCCUAUGAGUUCAAUCCUGACUUCCUGGAGGAAGCUCAUGAAUGGAACCAAAAAAGAGCAAGAAAAGCAAUGAGGAAUGGCAUAUCCCCCAUUAUUAUUGAUAAUACCAACCUCCACGCCUGGGAAAUGAAGCCCUAUGCAGUCAUGGCACUUGAAAAUAACUAUGAAGUUAUAUUCCGAGAACCUGACACUCGCUGGAAAUUCAACGUUCAAGAGUUAGCAAGAAGAAACAUUCAUGGUGUCUCAAGAGAAAAAAUCCACCGAAUGAAAGAACGGUAUGAACACGAUGUUACUUUUCACAGUGUGCUUCAUGCAGAAAAACCAAGCAGAAUGAACAGAAACCAGGACAGGAAUAAUGCAUUGCCUUCCAACAAUGCCAGAUACUGGAAUUCCUACACAGAGUUUCCAAACCGGAGGGCCCACGGUGGAUUUACAAAUGAGAGCUCCUAUCACAGAAGGGGCGGUUGUCACCAUGGAUAUUAGAGGCCUAUCUUACAGCCAUGCAGAAUUUUCCUAAGUCAGUUUCUACUUCAAUUUUUGUUAUUUUUUGUUGCAUUUUAGUCAGAGCUCCAAUUCCAGUGUAAAUAGCUGAACUCAAAAGUUUCUGAGCAAAGUCAUUAUAUUCACUAUCUUCACCAAAAUUUGUUAAAGUGCUUCUAUAUGCAUGGUCUGAUGCUGGGAAUUCUGCAGAUUUGAGUAAACAGUCUCUUUCUCUAGGGUAAGAAUUUGAAACCAAAACUUGAGAACACACCCAAGAAUAUAUUUACAUAGGUUCAUAGAUGAAAUAAAGUGUUUAUAUUAUAUAUAAGCUUCAGUACUAUUUGCUCUGAAGUGAUCUAUUUAUUUUUUCAGGAAAUUCAUCUCCAUCGGUAAAGUUGGGAAGGUGGAGAGAAGUGGUGGGGGGGGGGGCAGGAAAAGUUUUAGUGCCAUUGCUAUUUUGAUAAUCUAUGUAUCUAAAAAUGUGAGAUGUGCGACUCUUAUGAUACUGAUUUUCCUUUAAUGUUAAUAUGCCAGAAAGCAUACAUCUAAGGGAACAUUGUCCUUCAAAGUAGACACUUUGGGAAGUUAUUUCUUUAUUUUAAUGAUGUAUCAUUGUUAAAAAUGCUGUCAAAUCCUUAAUAGCUAUAGGAGCUACUGAGGGAAAUCAGUGUCAUUAUUUAAAGUCACACCUUGUGUUUUUACUACUUUAUUCAGCAGGAUUAAACCUGAAUAACUUUUGGCUGUUGUGCUAAUAGUGUAAAUAAAAUAAGCCUGCCUUCAUAAAACACUAACUUUUAAAAGGAAUAAACGACUUCUAAAAUUAUGCC